AUGAUUGACCUUGGACUUGUUCGUGUCGGCCGCCUCGUUCAGCACACCCCACAGACAUGGAAGGCAAUCCAUGUUGCUGGGACGAACGGCAAGGGAUCGAUAUGCGCCUAUCUCUCGUCCAUGCUCACCGCAAGCGGCCUCACCUGGGCUCGUUUUACCUCCCCGCACCUUAUCGACCGCUGGGAUUGUAUUGCUGUCAACGGCAAGCCGGUCUCAGAAGUCAUCUUCCGUGCGGCCGAAGACGCGGUCAAGAAGAGGGAUAAAGAGGACCGCAUUGGCGCCACGGAGUUCGAGCUGCUGACCGCGACCGCUUUCGAAAUCUUCCAUCGCCAGAAAGUCGAGUUUGGAGUGGUAGAGGUUGGCUUGGGCGGCAAGCUGGACGCCACCAACGUACUGAAGGAAAAAGCGGUCACUGUUAUUGCAAAGAUCGGACUGGAUCACCAGUCCUUCCUUGGCAACACCAUCGAGGAGAUCGCCCUGCAAAAGGCGGGUAUCAUGCGCCCGGGCGUCCCUUGUGUGGUGGACAGCAGCAACCAGCCUUCUGUUCUAAGCGCGAUGGAGGACCAUGCUCGAAAGGUCGGAGCAGAGCUGCAUUAUCCCACAACCUCAACGCUUGCCGAGACCUUGGCUAGUGAGCAGUUUGAGCCGCACCAGAUACAGAACCUAGCUUGCGCGCAUAUGGCCUUCCGCUUGGCGUGUCCAGAGAAAAAUUGCCCGCUUGACCAGUUCCUCCCUGUCAUCAAGCAGAUGCAAUGGCCGGGCCGGCUUCAGACGCUCGACAUACAAAAAAUUGUUGGGCAUCCACGAGAAGUCCUUCUUGACGGAGCCCACAACCCACAGUCGGCCGAGGUGCUGGCUCACUAUGUCCAGAGGCACUUACGCACAACAAGCAAACCUAUCACCUGGGUUCUCGCCGCCACCCAAGGCAAGGAUAUGGAUGGCAUUUUGGGUCUGCUCCUGCGGCCUGGCGACCAAGUUGCCGCUGUCCGCUUUGGGCCCGUAGACGUUGAAGCCUCAAGGGCCGGCUGGUCCCGGUUUCCUUCGCCAUCGGCCGAUUUGAUAUCACAUGAUUGGGGGCUUAUUUCCCGUCCAAUCAGCGUCGAUCGAUUGACACAAACUGUCAUUAUACCAAGCUCUUGUUGCGCAUCCUUCACAAUGCCGCCAUCCCACCUCAUUGUGGUCUGCGGCCACGCCAUCUGGCUUGGAGGGCCAAAGCACGGCUGGGACGAGUCCGAGUGGCUCAUCGAGGGCUACAAACAAGGCGAGACGCCCACCUUCAUCGAGCAUAUCCAAGCUGGCCUUCGGAUUCUGAGUCUGGACGACACCGCGGUCCUGGUGUUUUCCGGCGGCCCAACCCGCAAAGAAACACCCCUCUCCGAAGCCCAAAGCUACCACAACCUUGCCCUCGCCAACGGCUACUUCAGCUUCUUCCCCACCACAGAGGGAACCCCCGACAACCAGCUGCUCUCCACAUCGCGCAUCCUCCUCGAAGAGCGCGCGCUGGACUCGUACUCCAACAUCCUCUUUUCCCUCAUCGCCUUCUGGCGCCACCACGCCGUCUGGCCGGGCCGCCUCACCGUUGUCAGCCACGGCUUCAAGCGCGACCGCCUCGUGAACGGGCACUGCGCCGCCAUCGGGUUCCCUUUGGAUCGCGUCACUUUUGUGGGGAUUAAUCCGCCCGGGGUGGAUGACCACGGUUUUGGGUCAGCUGCGGUUGAGGUAGAGGGAAAGAAGGGGCGGGCGAUGAAGGGCGUGCAACUUGCGUUGGACCAGUGGAAGGAGGAUCCGCAUGGGGUGGGCGAGGAUUUGGCGGGGAAGAGGAGGGCGAGGAACUGUUGGAGGGUGAAUCAGAGGUUGUUCCUGGACGGGGAGGAGAGGGAGAGGAGCGGGGUGGAUGUGAGGGUGCUGGAGGACGGGAGUGAAGCGCUUGUUGAGGGUGGGCGAAGGCCUUGGGGGAGGAUGUAAAAGUUGAACGGAAAUGAUGAAGAAGAGAAAUAGAGAACCAUAGGAUCCUACCAACAGGACUUUAACAAAAAGAGGGCUGUGCUGGUUCGACAGGCCGGAAGCGAGUUGGCGUCCCAGGAGCUGAUCCAGUCGGCUCAACGCCCUACCACUGCGCCAUGAACGAGUUCAAGGGAUUAGGUAGUGGCUGCGUUGGGAGAAGAAGUGAAUCUGGGGCUUAUAUGUCCGCAUCAUCUACUCCCAACGUCAUCCGCCACCUCCUCAGUAGAGUGCAG